CAUAUUUCUAUUGAGAAUCAACGAUGUAUUCCUGUAACUUUGCGAUGAACUUGGUACACAUUUCACUAGCCAGUUGGACUAUUUUUACGCUCGUCCAAGAAGUUGUCUCAUUGAAAGAAGCUGUGAUGCACCGAGAGUACAAAGGAACCCCAUUAGCAGUGAUAAAAAAGAACAACUCGUCUCUACAACUUGCGAUACCUCACGCAUAUAAAUCAAGCGCAUAUCUUUGCAGUUAUAAUUACGAUGAUUCCGAAGCCGAAAAUGGCCCUAAAGAAAAACUGAUGAUUGCGUGCCCCGCACAAGGAGAAAAACAAUUACAAGUGGAAAAGGAUUGGAAAACUCGUGUUUUGACCACUGCAGAAAGUACGCUACUUUUUCUGUACGAGUACACAAACCAAGACACGUUGUGCAGUUCGCCAGAGUUCAUACCCUCGAUUAAUAAAGUUGAAGAAAACAGUGAUGAUCUCGUAAAACAUUGCAACCAAUUGGACGCAGACAUGUAUGAAGUCGGAUAUCCGGUAUCAAACGACGAUGAAGGAAAGGAUAUCAAGUUUUUAUCCACGUAUAAAAUAUGCUAUUCAAACAUCGAAGGCAAAGAAGCUACACUAUACUCAAUUCACCGUAUCGAAUCACCAGAUCUGUUGUUUAUGGGUAUAAUAAGAGAACCUAAUGAACAUGCAACAUUUAGGUUUUGGCACUAUCAGGAAUCGAUUUUGGAUUCCAGUUUGAGCACUACAGAGUCUCUUAAGGGCAUGGUAAGCUAUGACAUCCAUCCCGAUAUCUCGAAUUAUUCAUUAGACAUAAUUAUUUGAUUUGAUUGAGGCGGAGCUAGAUUGAAAAAUCAAAAAAAAAACCAACCUCGCAAACCAAAUCUA